CGCACGCGCGCGCGCGCGUGAGUUUCCGCAAAUGGCGGCGUGAUGGCGGAGCUGGCGAGCUCCGGGACUCCCGGUGGUCACGGACACGGACACGGCUCCUCCCCCUCCCCCUCCCCCGGGCCCGGGCCCGGCGACAAACCCGCCAACAAGUGGGUGCGGCUCAAUGUGGGCGGAACUUACUUCAUCAGCACCAAACAGACCCUGUGCCGCGACCCCAAGUCCUUCCUGGGCCGACUGUGCCAGGAGGACCCGGACCUGGCCUCCGACAAGGAUGACACCGGUGCCUAUCUCAUAGACCGAGACCCAACAUAUUUUGGGCCAAUCCUAAACUACCUGCGACAUGGGAAACUGAUCAUUAACAAGGACUUGGCUGAGGAGGGAGUACUAGAGGAGGCAGAGUUCUACAACAUCGUCUCACUCGUUCGAUUAGUCAAGGAACGAAUCCGAGACCUUGAGAACAGAACCUCACAGGGUCCAGUCAAACAUGUUUACCGUGUGCUGCAGUGCCAGGAAGAGGAGCUUACCCAGAUGGUCUCCACAAUGUCAGAUGGUUGGAAAUUUGAACAGCUCAUUAGCAUUGGAUCCUCAUAUAACUAUGGCAAUGAAGAUCAGGCUGAAUUCCUCUGUGUCGUCUCCAGGGAGCUGAAUAACUCAACCAAUGGGAUUGUCAUCGAGCCUAGUGAAAAAGCCAAGAUUCUCCAAGAGCGAGGCUCCAGGAUGUGAAUUCCCUGGAGCGGAAUCAGUGUUUACAUUCCAUCCCUUGAGGAGAAGUUACCUUCUGUCAGAGACAACCAAUGUUUGCUCCACUCCAAUGUCAGUCAGCCUUCAGACAGCUCUCAAACCACUGGGAGUAAUUAACUAAGGAAUCUUAACUUCUCUGCCUUUCAGUUGAGGCCUGAGGAAGACGGCACAACACUUACUUAAUAUUUUGAAAUUAAUUGUAAAGCUGCCAAAUUUCCUGUUUGUGUAUUAAAACGACGCAUUUAAAUGCCUUCACUAGACUUGCGUGUUUGGCUUUUGCCUCACCGAUUGGGAAAGCAGAAGCGUGGUCUGUCGUGUCAUUGACGCGAGACAAAGUGUUUGAUGUGAGAAUUCCUUUUCGUGCUUUAGUGCUCUCUGUGCAUGAUUUCUUUGGUUGCUGUGAUGUAAUUAUUAGGUAAACUCUUAUUUAAAUGAAGUGCUGGAAUUGUGGUUGAUGUGAGUUUUGAUCAUUUGUUUCUAGUCAUUGUUUAAGAUGUGAUGUAACGAUUCCACCACUUUACAGACUUUCCCCCAACUGAUAAUAAAAGCGUGGUUGGUUCCUGCACACACGAGAAUGUGGCUGAAUGCGCUCUGGCUUUAUUUUGCUUGUUCACAUUGGAUUAAACAUAUCUUUUAAUGUU